UUUAUGUAGGUGGUCAGAAUCGAGUCUGCUGAACCUGAACUCUGAAUCAUCUUAUCUAAGUUCCAUUAAAAUAUUGAAGGUGGUUUGGAUAGUUCCGAAGUUAAUUAUACAUUUGUCAUUUACGUGUUUUUAGCAUUACUUCGUAAACUUUUUGGAUUUUACGUUUUGAACUGUGAUUGUGGCAUCAUGAAGUGUCUGCGAGCUAGCUAAAUUAUUGUAAACAAAAAACAAUAAUUUUCUAUUGACAGAUUAGGUUAAGAACAUAGUCUUUGUGUUUCUUUCCAAGUAUAAAGUCGUUAACGCCAGUAUUCAUAUAAUAUUAAGUGUUAUUGGACGUAAUUUAUAAUGUAGAGUAGACAGUGUUGUAUUAAUAUCUUCUUUUCCUUACAGCAUAAUAUGGGGCGUGGUUUUAUUCUUGAACUAUUUGUUACUGUUCUAUUGACAGUUAACAUUGAAGAAAAUACUAAAAAUACACAUUUUAAGGCCUAAAGUUUGCUCUACUCUAUAUCAAAAGUAUUAACUUUGAUACAAACUGUUUUGCAAGGCCUAGUUAUUAAUGAUAGCAUUGUGAUUGUUUUUAUUCAUAUAUGUGAAUUCUUCAAGCCACCAAUGCAGUUAUUAUGAGGCACCAUCGCAGUAUCAUGAAAUGUUCUCAGUGGUUGCAGUUUUCGUUACUGUCUACUCUUUUUGUAACAACGUUUGGAGGAUGUUUAUUUCCAUUGGACUGGACAGGAAGAUGGUUCCAAUCUGGGAUUGGUCAUCUCACUGUCAACUCUACCUAUUUUGAAUCUAAAGGGGAAUGUGUACAGAGAGAUGGAGAUAAAUAUAUUGUCAAUGAAAGGGUGGAGAAGGAUCCCUGUAAACGUUGUAUUGCAGUCUACAAAAGACAUGAUAAUGUCAUUCAGUAUAAAGAAAGCAACUGUUUGACAUAUGAUUCACUGGAAGAGCUGUGUCAUGACAUCAUGGCAGACCAGUCCCUUCUAUCCAUGUUCCGAGCAGACGACGCCUCCACUAUACCUUGCCCAUUUAAGUCCCCUCCAUACAAGUUCUCGUACAAUCGAGGCUCAGGUGAUUGUUCAUUUCCAUCAUCUCGUAUUGACAGCUGCACGGAUGACUCUAAACUUCUCAUGUACUUUGCUGCCUGUCCAGAUGUCACUGGCACUGAAAGUGGAGUGGAGGAGUUAAACUGCCUAGCAACAUGGAAGGAAGGCAAUAGUAGAUAUCUGGUAGCAAAGAUAAAGAAAGACUUAAAUCUGUUGGAGGAAGACAGCUACCGGUGUUUCAUGUACAACAAAAAACCUGGCAGUGAGUUGAUGUACCAAGUGGCGCAGAGUGGGGAUGCUACAUGCAGUAGUGUCACCUCACCUACUGAAGGGAGCAAGACCAUGUUCCUUACUAGAGUGGAGAGUCGACACGAGAGAUGUCAAUUUCCUGGUUGGGUGGUAAGUCACCACCACUGGCACAGUCUGGACAACGGGCAUUCAUACCACUUCUCACACAAGAACGCUACUUUGCGUAUCACUAGGGAACACGGGCCAACUGAGAUGAGAUUGGUCUGCCAUCACAUAGUCGCCAACUCUACUACAGUUACACUAGUUGCACAUGCCACUGCUGGAUGCAAAAACGGGUACAUAUGUAUGGUAUUCCAUAAACGAGACAGUGCGGUAAUACAGGUGCAGCAGUCCAAUAAAAUGGUGCAGGAUCCCUCGGAGGCCUGUAUUCCUCCUUUUACUGAUCCAUACCAGAUGUCUAGUCCAGUAACACUUAUCACGGUGUCCCUGCCCGAGACCAGAUGUCCUCUUGCUGGUCAAUAUAUAGCCAGUAGUGGUCAGGCCACCUGGACCCUGCCUUCGGAUCCAGAUCCACUUUGCCACUCCAACACAACUGUUUCUAUCAGUUGCUUUGCUUCUCCAAAUGCUAUCACUUUUCAAACUUGUUCAUCUGAAUCCAGUGCAGUCUACAAUUGCCAUGGCACUUGGUCUGAUAACCGCACAACGUAUGUGAUUGCAUCUCCAGUCAGCCGAAAGUCCACAGAUGCCAAAAGAUACUGUUUCAUCCUCAAUCAGAGAAAUGGAUACAUGACUCUUCAUCGGUUAUCAGAUUCAUGCAAUCUCUCAGCGAACCGCAUCACUUCACCUUUAAACCUAACAUUACAAGGUUCCUGUUCAGAAAACAGUGCCUCCAAAGACUCCAGUGCAUUGAUGUUACCAUCCAUUCUAAGUUUGAACAUGGCUCUUGUACUUAUCAACAUUUUUCGGUGAUGAAGAUUGGCACCCUCAGCUCAAAUAUUACAUCUUAGCCUAGGGCAUUCCUAAUAUGACCAACAUAACUUUAAAGUUUUUCCUUUACAGUUUUUAUGUGUACUUUGGUGCUAGGUUUAUCAAGCUCUGUUGAUACCAACCUUAAUUUAGUUGAAGGACAAUUUUGUAUUUGUAGGUAUUGCUGUCUGAGUUGUAUAAGGUAUUGCUAUCUGAGUUGUAUAAGAUGAUUUAAUUUAGUUAACAUACUGUUGACUGAAACUAACAAACAGAGCUGUGAACUAAACGAUGAGCAGCAAAUAGAUAAUGGCCACUAGGUUAAAGGACUCAAUUCUUUAUAAAAAAACUUAAGAUUAUUGAGAUUUUAAAUUGUAAUUGUGUUAGUUAAUAGCAGGUUUUAAUUCAUAGUAAUGUUUUAUGAGAUCAACUGUAAAAUUUUUAUUUAGCUCAGAUUGUUUGAAUGUAAAAUGUCAGUUAAACUUAUUUUGACUGAUAUUUAUACGUCAUAGUGCUUACUAUCAAGACGAAUAUUUUUACAAAAUAGUAAUUUAAAUAAAAGACCGGUUAAUAACAAAUUUUGGUUGUGUAAAUUCAAUUGCUUUUAAAUGAGUUAUUUUCAGUUGAAUCAAAUAAUUGUAUUUUAAUUUUUGUUUGUGAAGAUUUAUAAACUAAUAUUAACUAAACAAUUGAAAUUAAUGGUGGUUCCACUGCUACAUCUUCUGAGUUGUAUUGAUCAGGAUUCAACAUUGAUUUGUAUCUCUUUAUGUAAUAUUUUUUACAUGUUUAGUGAAUUAUUAAACACAAAACUGGUUCCUUUCUGUUAACUAUAAUAGUUCCUAAACAACAGCUAUAACUUAACUAAAUAAAUUUUAGGUAUUAUAUUUAUCUGAAAUAGAUACGAUUUAGUGUGUUGUAAGUAUAAUACUUUAUCACUUAUCUGACUUAAACAUGUGGCCAUUACACAAGAUAACUGAAUAUGUCAGGACAAUAGCAAAAUAUAGUGAAAAGCAUUCUAAAGUCUUAAAGAGUUUGUUUUUAUUAUCAAUCAUAGUAUAGCAUACUUAUGUUGACUAUGGUCUUAAAAAAUUGUAAAAUACAUUACAGUAUAAAAGUCUUGUCAUAAUACUACUAUGUAAAAUAUGUGUACAGUAUGAAAAAAUUAAAUUUAUUUCAUUUACAGGUACAAACAACACAACACAAAAGAUCAAUAGUUAACUCUAAUUCAUUAUUGUGGGACAAAACACUCAACUUACUGACUAAUUACCAAAAUUAUGUAGGGGUAGGAGGGUUAGAACAAUGACCUUGGUACAAUCGAAAUAGUUAGCAAAACCAGGAGGAAAGUGGUAGAAUUGAGUACACUACUCUCCACCCUACAAUCACGCCAAGCAUUUCAUAUGGUACUGUAUUGUAUUAUGUUUAUUUUUAUGCACAUUUAUUGUUGUGUUUGGUACUAUAAUAUACACUGGUGCAGUAUUGUCCAAGGACAAUGUAGAUCAA